GUCAACGAUGGUAAACCACAUGCGUACCGUGUUCCUGCGCUACGUCGGAAUCUGCGUGUUUGCUUCGUGCUGCAUUCUGCUGCUGAUAAGCGGACUCCCCGGUACAUUGGAUACGUGCAAAUGUGAGGAACAGCGGGAUCGCGAUCUACAGCACGAACGGUUCCACAAAAGCUUCCGGUUUGAUGAGCAAACGGAACAGCGAAAGCGACUUGCCAUUAUUGUACCGUUUCGGGAUCGGUUCGAUGAGCUGCUCCAGUUUGCUCCACACAUUGCCGCCUUCCUGCACAAACAGGGCGUACCGUUUCACAUCUUCGUCGUGAACCAAAACGAUCGGUUCCGGUUUAAUCGUGCGUCGCUUAUCAACGCUGGCUUCCUGCAGGUUCGGGACAGUUAUGAUUACUUUGCGAUGCACGAUGUAGAUCUGUUGCCGCUGAACGAUAAUCUGCGCUAUGAGUACCCCGAGCAAGGACCGCUACACAUUUCCGGGCCGGAAUUUCAUCCAAAGUACCAUUAUGCAGCGUUUAUCGGUGGCAUUUUGUUACUACGGAUGGAACAUUUCGAGCAGCUAAAUGGAAUGUCAAACCGGUACUGGGGUUGGGGUCUGGAGGAUGAUGAGUUUUACGUGCGCAUCAAGGAGGCGGGUCUCGAGGUGACACGGCCAAGGAACAUUACAACCGGCACGAACAAUACAUUCUUGCAUGUGCACGAUCGGCUGCACAGGCGGCGCGAUACGACGAAAUGUUUUAAUCAGCGUGAAAUAACGCGCAAACGCGAUCGAGAAACGGGACUGAGCACGAUCCACUAUACGCUCGCGAGCCGGCGUGAGCUAACGAUCGACGGUGUACCGGUGACGGUGCUGAAUGUGGAUUUGCAGUGUGACAAGCAGCAAACACCGUGGUGCGAGUGUGAAAGCAAAGCGGACAAUGCGAAUGCGGCCAAGGUUCCGGCAAAGAAAAAAGGCUCCUAA